GGAACAUCAAGUUUGGAGGUAAUCAAUGAUGUAGCCGAUCUCCUACUCGAAGUACCCGCUUUUCGCCCCGAGUCGGUUCUUCACAGUCCCGAGGCCAAAUUACUACAGGACAUGAGAGGCCGAACAGAAUGCAAAACCUCCGCCUCGAUUUUUUCCGAGACUUCAGGCCAUGUCUGGGUGUCCGUGAGGUCGCAGCCCCAGGAGCCCAGCCUGCGAGGCUGUGGAUGUGGCCAUGCUUCCCGCCCGCGAGAUCUCGGCCGCCGAUGCCGGGCCGCCUGGGCACCGCCGCGGUCUUCGCCGUGUCGGUGACUGCGAUGGCCUCGAAGCCUCUGCUGCUGCACCUGACGCGGGGCGACACUGGCUCGAGGUCCGCGUUGAGCCCUGUGCACUUUCAGCUCGCCGCGGAGGGCUGCAAGGUGGGCUUCAGCCUGCUGGCGCUGGCGGUGCGCCUGGCCGUGGGGCUGCCGGCGCCGCUCUGGCGCGGCCUGGGGCACACGGCACGGUUCAUGG